AUGCCUCACAGUGCCGCCGAUUCCUCGCUGGGUCUCCUCCAGCUGUGUCUCCUGCUCGGAGUAUUAUGCUUCGGCCGUGCUGAGAGCAUCCAGUGUUACUGUGAUGAGCGUCCUGGUCUCCCGUCCCCAGAGUGCCUGCUGCCCCACGAAUACAGAUGUAACUCCACCAGAGGCUGCUACCUGCGUAGGUGGUACUCUGAGCAGUUCGGGAGGAUCAAGCAAUCGUGGGGCUGCAUCGAGGGCCAGCACGGGACCGGUGCCCAGUUUGAUCUGUGGGAGGUGUACUGUGGUGCAUUGAACACGUCUAAAGAGGUCUACAAGUGCUGCAACUCCAGCGAUUUCUGCAACAGACAGCUGAGCAUUACGCUCGAGAUUGAGGGGCAGGAGCCGGUUUUACCCCCCACUCCGUCUCUGACACUCACUGAGCCACAUAUCAGUAGAGGGACCAGUAUCAUUGUGAUAAUCGUCGCAGGCACCGUGUCCCUCGUUGCACUACUCUGUCUCCUACUGCUGCUCUCCCUCUUUCUCAUUCUGCGGAGGAGACAACGACUAACGAACGGGGGCAACCUCAAUCACCAUCCCACUGCGACUGUCCACUGGACCAACCACAAUCGCGUAGAUGGAGUUAUAUCUAGCACGUUGAGAGAGGAAGCGACUUGCCCAUGCUACCAAGUUCUGAGUGACAUACGAGACAUCGUAAAACUCAACUACCAGAUAGGGAUCGGUAGGUUUGGCGUGUUUUACCACGGACACUACGAGGGGACUGCAGUUGCCCUGAAAAAGUUUUCCGACGAGCACCACGCUGCCUGGCUGCGAGAGUCACUCAUGUAUACGAGCAUUCUACAGCCACAAGAGAACAUGUUGACUUUCUAUGCCAGUGCCAUAGCAGUUGGUAACACGGACGUCGCCGGUCGCAGUGGUGGCAGCGGUACCGGUUCGGAGCGGUGGUUGGUGACGCGGUACUACGAGUACGGGUCCCUGCAGGACUAUCUACGACAGCACACGGUGCCUGGCCGGACGCUCCUCCAGAUGUCCGCGUCAAUAGCCAGUGGACUGGCUCACCUCCACUCUGAGAACUGCGGGAACCAGGUAAACGUCCCCGUUGCCCACUGCAACCUAACGAGCAGGAACAUCCUCGUGAAGGAUAACCUUUCGUGUGUCAUCGGGGACUUUCGCUGUGCAGUGUUCAAGCUCAGGAACGAAACGAGUCGCCCCGAGGGGGUGGAGGAGGAGGGGAAGGAGACGACAGCUCGCGGUGCAGUCAGGUACAUGGCUCCAGAGGUGCUGAGUCAGCAGCCGGGCGGGCUGUCGUUUGAGACGUUGAAGCAGGCGGAUGUGUAUUCCCUGGGGCUGGUCCUGUGGGAGGUCUGCCAGAGAGGAAUCUACACUGGUGUGGCAGCAGAAGGCUACCAGGUCCCGUUCCAGGGUAUGGUACCACCAGAACCAAGUCUGGAGGACAUGCAGAGAUUGGUGGUAGAUAACAGGGUCCAACCCACCAUCUCCAACAGGUGGACCAACUCCAAGUUUUGUAAGGUUGAUUUGCUCCUCGACCCUGUCCAGUUGCUGCGUGAGAUGACCAAGGUGAUGAGAGAGUGCUGGUACUACACCAGUGCUGCCAGACCCACUGCAGUCUACCUCAAGAAGAAGCUCCUCAAGAUGUCCCAGGAGCUGGAGAACACAGACCCUGCCACUGAGAAUGAGGCAACAGUUCCCAGGAAGCAGCCUGAAGAGAGUGACAGACACUCUGGAGAAAAACUCCACGUUUCAGCUAUUUAG